CCUCCGCUACCACUGUACCGUUACGCCUCACUCUCCAGCAUUCGAUCGGCAAAUUUACCGUUCACCUCCACUACCACUGUUCUAUUCAUUCCGCCUUGCUCUUCAGCAUUCGAUCGGCAAAUUUAUGAUGGGAUCGGAACGCCCUUUCAACGGGGAAAUCACUAUAGGUCCGUUCGGUGGAACCGCCGGCGAGAAGUUUGAUUUUAAGGCAAGCGUCGCAAUUACACAAAUUGUAAUUGCAUACAGCAGCGAAACCGUCGAAUCCAUCAGAUUCAAAGGCGAUGGCGAGGGGGAAUACUCCAACAAACUCGGCGGCAGAUCUCACCGCGUAGCUCGCACGGAUAAGAUAGUCAUCGACUUUCCUACCGAGUAUCUGACGGGAGUUUGCUGGACGGUUGGCUACCAGGACAACCGGGAAGUCGUGAAAUCCUUACGUUUUUUCACAAAUCUAAAUGACUACGGGCCGUUUGGGUCAGAGACAGUUCAAAAGGCUUCCAUCCGCCAGAAAGGUGCGGCUAUAAUCGGAUUCCAUGGAAGGAGCGAAUUGUUGGUCGAUUCAAUUGGGUUCUAUUUGAAGCCUCUUUGCUGGGUUUUUGCCGUUGUUCCGAGAAUCGGUGCCCCUUAUUCUACUUGGGCAGAGACACUGAAGGGUUUAUUCCUGAGCACAUCUAAGAACCAUCGAAGUCCCGGACCAUGGGGGAGCAACCUUGGCAGAACCUUCGACGACGGCGUUUUCGUGAAAGUCAAUAAGAUCCAGCUCUAUCUGUGCAAUGAAAGCAAAUCUCUCUCAGGUGUUCAAUUCCAGUAUCUGAAGAAGGAUGGUAAGGCAGUUUGGUCUCCAUUGCACGGCACCGGUGACAGGGAAGUCGUACAAAAGAUCGACCUGGGUGAGGAAGAGUAUGUUGUUGGUGUCGAAGGAUAUUACGGAAAGAGUGAUGCUGCUUCUGGAUAUGAUGUGAUUCGAUCACUUACCUUCACCACAAGUAGCGGAAAGUAUGGACCCGUUGGCAAAGAAAUUGGAACCUUCUUCACUUCAAUCAGUUGCAAAGCCAACGUUGUCGGAUUUUUUGGAAGAAGUGGUCACUUUUUGGAAGCCAUCGGCGUUCACGCCGAAUACGAGUGA